GCCCACUCCUUCUUCCCAGAUUCCCACGUGUCUCUCUGCCGCAGGAGCAGUCACAUGACCGCAGAUUCUGCUGGUUACUUCCUGUACGUUGGUUGUUUUUUUCCCUUCGUGAGAAUAUAACGGAUUCGCAACAUAACGCGGACUUCUACCCGGACCCUGCUCGUCAGGUCUGGUCAGGGAUCCAUCCAUCCAUCAGUGUGGAGGCUCGAUCAUUCAUUAGUUAUCCCAACUGCAGCGGAGGGGCGGCGGGCAGCUAAUGCUCUGGAUAAACAGACUUCACCGCCCGCCCUUUCGAUUCAGAGAAUAAAUCUGUCAGAGGAGCGAGGAGAACUAACGGCUGCUUUUCUCACCUCGUGACAGCCGUCAACGUUAGCAGCAAGCGGCGGCUACAUGACGUUAGCCCCCCUACCCUAAAAAACAACCAACGAUAUGUCCAAAUACACGAGCUUCCCAGAGCCGAUGGAAGACCACAACCCUUUUCAGGUGGGUGAUCAGAAAAUGGAGCUAUCAUUAUCAUAUGUGGGUGCUGUGGCUGUGGAGAAAACCCACUGUUUAUUGUGGGUCUGUGUAAUAGCAAGCGUGUUGUUGCUCAUGUGACGUUUUGGGGCCUCUCUCUAAUCUGUGCCCACUUGUAGCUUUUAUUAAGUGGGAAUGACAGCAGCUCUGCAAAUGCAACCCAGUUGUGUUAAAGGAGAUUAAUGUAAUAGCAAGCUAAACUCAUUAUCAACUGUGCUGAUUAAGUAAAUAACCCUUUGUUUUGUGUCUGCUAGGAUCCUGCAGUGACUCAACACAGCAGCAACACAGGAUACGCCACACUGGACCUCUACAACCCAUUUGAUAAUAACACUAACACCACCACAACAGGGGUGAGACAGGUUUCUUCUUUAUUGAUGAGCUGAUAAAACAGGGAACCAGCUAUUAAUGUGAUGCACUAACAGUUAUAUUCAUUUUCUUAUACAUGUGCAAAUAUUAAAAACGCUGCAAAUGCAGACUAAAAAUCGAGAAAAUCGACAAUAGAGUGGAAUCACAAUUUAAAUCGAAUCGGCAUCCGAAAAAUCGUACAAGAAUCGAAUCUGGAGAAAAGCAUAUCGUCCCAGCCCUAGCAUCUACCUCUUAUUUCUUCCCUGACAAUUUGAAUGAUUAAAAGAUUAGUGAGAAUCCUGCACCAUUUAACCACAAUGCCACAAGUUUGAUCAGAUAAUACCAUUUUAUUCACAUUUUAGUAAGUAUUUUUUACCAUCAAUUUCAAGCUUUUUCCUUUUUUAAUAGCUGAUAAUUCUGUGUUUAGUGUCUCAUUCAAAGGAAACAGUUUUGUGUGUUAUUUUGUAAGCCAACAUAAAGACCUGACAAUCACACUCCAAUAUUAUUGUAUUUCUCUUGGUUGGUUAUUAGGUAAGUAGGAAAAAUUAAAGGCAAUAAAGGCAAAUGAAAUGUCUGGGAUCAGAUAAGAAUUAGCUACAAAAACUGAAACUAUUUGUUGAACACUCUCAUUUAUUGUGACCCUGGAGUUAUCAGCUAAUUUUCAUUGUUUAAAAAAUGUCAUCUGAGACAGCAAAUUACAAGAAAAGAUGAAUGCUUCGAAUAUUGCUAAGCCUUUGUUUUAUAAAUACAAAAACAGCUUUGGUCAAAGUUGUAGGCAGUGUCAUGUCAUUAGUGUUUUCAGCCAAGAGAAGAAAUAACUCUGGUCCAGUUAGCCUUCCUGUCAGCUGAUGAAAUUAGCAAAUACUGCAGAAAAAGGAACCAAACUUGGACUAGGACUCUGAUGUCAGCUAUUAUGAGUCUGCAUGCACUGACACAGACUUGCCUACCCUUACAGUUGUUUUCACUUUAAAUUUUUACAUGUACUGCAGACUCAUUCAGGUCUUGGUCUGAUUUGAUAUUGCCCAAUUUUGUGAGUUGGGAAAGUUAUUUUCUUAAGAGCUGCAAUUAGUUAAUCUGAAAUCACAACCAAAAAAGAUCACAUGUGAAAGCUGUUAACUGUUUGUCUCUGCAAUGAGGAAAAUCAAUGAGUGCAUCUCUUGAAAUUUUAGAGCAGGACUCUAAAAUGGGAAAUUGUGUGUUGAGUAUUGACACAACAUUCUGCAUCGUACAUUUCACCACAGAGAUAGAGGUUUAAAUUCAGGUUUUUUUUUUUUUUUGCGUUAUUUGAGUGUCUUGUCCUUGUUUGCAGAAGUGUCGGGUUGAGUUACAGUAGCUACUUUUUUCAUGAAAAGAAAAACCCUUUUGUAAUUUCUUUUUAAAUUAAGAAAAAUCUCAAAGUAUUAAUUCAACCGUGUUAAUCUUAGAAAUAAUCCCUUUGUCACCACCAAAUAACAGGUUCCCACGACGUCAAUAGAUUUAAAACACUGAAAUUCAGAUUCAGUCUUGAUUUGGCAUUACAGCAUCCUUUCCCAACUUGUUGUAUAAUGUUUUUUAUUAGCCCCCACCACCCUAUGAAGCCACCUCUCCCUCUGCCCCACCUGCGCCUGCACAAACCCCACCCAGCAGGACAACACCCACUGAGCCGCGCAACUAUGGCUCCUACAGCAACCAGGUAAGUCUCACGAUGCAAAGCAGAGAUGCGUGCAGAUGCUUCUAUGCCUGGUCUCAUCAUUUUACUUCAGUGCUGGCACAUUCAGUGGUAGAUGAUGCACAAAUAUUGGAAUGUACCCACGCUGAUAGUUGCUCUUUAAGAUAAGAGCUGUGCAGAGAGUGCUGAGUCUGUCCUUCAGGGUGAAAAAGUGCUGUUAUGGCUAUUAAAACAAGCAUACCCUCUUAGAUUCACUGUGUGCAAGCUGGUGUCCUCGACAACAAAUCCUGACUUGACGACAGGAGAUGAUUUUCCAUAAAUAAUUGAUUAAUGCCUGAAUAAUAGCAGGCGCUAUCACAGUUAUGGGCAGAACUCCAUCGCUCUAAUAUUUAAGUCGAUUUAAUACAAACUAGUGUUUAUUUUUCCUCUUAAAACAUCGCUGAGAUUUCAAUCCUGGAUGCAUAAAUUCCCAUCAAAGAUUCUCCUCUGUGGAUGUCUUAUGACAGCUGAUCUUUUAUGUAAUCUUAUUCAUUAUUUAGGAUGCAGACUCGACCUCUCUUUGAAAGUUGACAAGCUGUUCUGACGCAUCAUUUACCUUCUUGUCUUGCUGCGUUAAGACCGCCGUAAAUGCAACCACAGCGGAGCUCCUGAGGAAACAGGAGGAGCUGGAGAAGAAAGCCCGGGAGUUGGAGAGGAGAGAGAGGGAGCUGGAGUCACACAGCCUGGGACCUGGAGCUUGUAAGAAAAGAGAAGAUGAUUGUAGAUCUUAAGAGAAGUCAGAGUUCCUGACGUCUUUCUCAAUUUUUCUCUUUAAUAGCUCGUCAGAAUAACUGGCCCCCACUGCCAGCGUUCUGCCCCGUGGGUCCCUGCUUCUACCAGGACAUCAAUGUGGAGAUCACACAGCGUUUCCAGCGUACUGUCACCAUCAUGUACUACUUCUGGAUGUGUGAGUUCCUGUAACUCCUGCUAAUUGCCGUGAUGUGGAUUCCCUGCAUUGCUGUAGCAAAAACCACCGUCUUGUAGCAUCAUUAAGAGUUAAAAGCUUGCCAAGGUGUAAGUGGUUAGCUGGGAGGGAGAGCAACACUAUGUAAGUGACCGGAGUGAAUCUAUACAGAGUCUAAAAUCAUUGCAGCUUUAAAGCCGGUGCUGUUGGACUAGAGCACAAGCAGGAAUAUUUGUACUGAGCCUGACACCUCUCUGCAAGGUGCAAAAGUUCAGUGAGCGCAAACUGAGCUCAUGGUUAAUGUUCCUGCCAGACAGAAGAAACUGAGGAGUUUUUCUCAGAUUGUGAAGUGAUUUGUUUUUAGUCUAGCAGGUAGUAAUUUGUGUAAACUACUUAUUAUUUGUGUGAUAUGUAACCAUAGUAACACAAUGUUCUUGUUGUCAAAAGAGUGAGGGAGUUUUCCAAAGAUUGCAGCUGUAUAUGUUCCCUUUAUUUUGAUAAAGCAGCUUCAAACAGAGUGGAUGUGGAGAGAGGGGCUGUUUUUACAUGUCAGCGAUACACACUGGGUAAAAGUGUGAUCACAAAUGUAAAUCUGGUAAAAGUUGAAUGAAUCUUCACUCUAAAUCCCUAAACUCACACCUCUUUUUCCACCCCUUGUCUUCUUUCUUCUCUCUGUUUUAUGUCCAGUCUGCACCUGCACGCUCCUUUUCAACCUGGUCUCCUCCUUGGCCAUGUUCUGCGUCGACCCCUCAGGCGGUGUCGGCCUCGGCCUUGCCAUCCUCUGGGCCCUCCUUUUCACCCCCUGCUCCUUCGUGUGCUGGUACAGACCUGUGUACAAAGCUUUUAGGUGCGUAAAAGACACAAAGAGUGCAUUUGCAUGUUUAAGUGGCUGUGAAUAAAUGACUGUUUUUUCCCUAAUGUGAGUGUCAGGAGGCAGGAAGUUUAGCAAAAUAGGAACUGAAUGUGAUAGAUAGGAAUUGAAAGCUGAGAACACCAAGAAGCAGCAAAAGUGAAGCAAACAAUCUGAUCAUUAAAACCAGUUAUUGCUGGUCAUAAUACAUGUGACAACAAGUCAAGUGUUUGUGAGACAUAUUAGGUAUAAAAACAUUUUUAUCCUUCCUUUUUUCAUUAAUGAACUUAAUGACUAAUGACUUUUGUUCUGUAUUAACAUUUUAUCUCUUCUUUUUUUCCAGGAGUGACAGCUCCUUCAAUUUCUUCGUCUUCUUCUUCGUUUUCUUUGCCCAAGUGGUGACCUACGUGAUCAUGACCAUUGGAAUCCCUGGAUGGGGUUUCAGGUACGACUAACAAACAAACUCCCUCUGUGAGGCAUCACUCUCACCAUUUAAAAUGUUUCCUUUGGUAUAAUCUGUGUAUGAUGGGGAGAGAAAAACUAAUGCACCACAUUGAGUUGGUUUAAUCUGUUUUUCUGCCUCCCUCCCUUCCUCAGUGGGUGGAUUGUGAGCCUGGCUGCCCUGAAGACCAGCGUCCCUGUCGGUGCGAUCAUGAUGAUGAACGCUGUUCUCUUCACUGCCCAAGCUGCCAUGGGGGUUUUCAUGCUGAAGAAGGUGAAGGGAAAUUUCACAUUAUCUUUUAAGGGAGUAGGUUACAGUAUAUUGUGGUACCAUUUAGAUAAAAAUCUUGCUGAUAUACAUGAAAUGAAAUGCAAGAAACUGUGAGCCUGCUUCAAAGCAGCAUCAUUCCUCUCUUGGUCUAGGGUUUAAUGAAGCUUUUUCCUUCAUCAAAAACUUUUCGACACAGUUACAAAAGUUCUUAAGCUUUUAUUAGUCCAGUAUUAGCCUAAUUUACAAAAAUAAGCCCAGUUGAACAAAACUUUUGGUCUCUGAAGAUUAGAAACUGUUUGUUUUAAAAACUUAUAACAGAGACGUAUCAAGACAGUUAAUAAAAGUAAUGCGAUCUGAUAAUGAAAGUUGAUUAUUCAAAUGGAAAAAGAGGGUUAUGGAAUAAGAUAAGAUCAAGUAAUUGUAAUCUUUUUAUGGAUGAAACCUUUACUUAGUGUCGUUCAGAACUUUUGAUUAAGAUUGGAACAUUUCUGAUCCAAAAAAUUACGCUGAUCUCAGCAGAAAGCUGCGUUCAGGCCAGGUUACUGGAACAAAAUACAACAAAUCAUUUAAGUAGAUCAACAAAGCAAGUUUUCAAGUUAAUUCUUUGGGAAUUUUGAAAUAUUUUGCUCCUAAAUUGCUGCAUUGUUAUUCUGAAAUAGUAGAUGGGCCCAUUUAAAGGUUGUAAAUAAGUAUUUGUCUCUAAAAAGCAUCAAGUAGCCUAAACCGUCAUUUAGGGAGUAUUUAGCUGGAUAUGACAGAAUGAAAUGAAUGCUGGUGCUUGUAGGUCACCCAAACAAACAAACAAAAUCAUCAGGAAUUGGUUUGAGCUUUUUUAAGUAUUAAGUUUUGAUGACUAAAAACACUGCCAGGUCUCACACAUGGUGAUUUGGUCAAUCUAAAAAGUUUGUAUUUAGAUAAUCCUAAUCCUGCUCAGUUACUUUUUGAAAGACCAGGAGGAAAGCAUGUGGGAUUACCUGAUGCUUCAAAGUGAAAAAAAGAGGUGUCCCAAAUCUGGAUCAUUCCCACCCAGAUUAAACCCUUCUGAAAGGCUGAGCCCAGAAACACAUCACUGCCAGUGGAGGAGAUUAUGUGUACCUAACAGCCCUUGAUCAAGACACUCAAAAUGUCUGAUGUAAACCAGGACACUCAAAGAGGAAUUUUCAGCACAGUUUUUGACAAGCUGGAAAAGAAAAGACUAAAGAGGCAGAAAGUGAUCACAAAAAAAAGUCUUUUAAACCCAGUCGGUCAGGGACUAGCAGGAGAGAGUGAAUGAACUGAAUUAUUUAUGAGCACUUUGCUUUUGAUUGUCUUCAAUACAGCCACUAAUUAAUGGAAGAAAAUAAGGAGAUAAUGUGACACGAUCUUGGUCAAAGAAAAGGAGGGGGCUCAGGACUGUUAAGCUGUAUUUGCACUUUCCACCUUGUCCUUGAUACUCAGGCGGUCAGUAGAUAACAAGCAGUCUAAAGAAAAGCCAUGAUAUCAAGUUCUGUGUAUCUUUUUCACCAACACAAUGUGCUGGAUAUGAUGAAGAACUGCUGCGUGUAUCUGGUGUCAGCUCCCCCCUGCUCUUCCUCUCUUCAGGUCCACAGUCUUUACAGGCAGACCGAUGCCAGCUUCCAGAAGGCCCAGGCUGAGUUUGCCACCGGAGUCAUGGCCAAUCAGGCCGUUCGCCAGGCUGCUGCCACCGCAGCCACUACUGCUGCACAGGGGGCCUUCACCGCUCCUCGAUAAAAAGAAAGAGGAGGGGAGGAGGAGGAGGAGAAGGAGGAGGGCCCUCUCAGCCGGAUAGAGGAUCAGUUUGGUAUCUAUUUCCCCACAGGUGAUUAGCAUUCAAUGGUGGGGGGCCUAUAUAAUUACCCCUGAGCAGAUGAACUACAGGGCACGUGCAUGAGACAGAGGUGGGGUUGUCUGUUUUCUAAAGGUGUACAGGACAAGUAAUCUACGUUGCCAUAACAUGAGUGAAACUACAGAAAAAUGAAGGUGAAACAAAAAGAUGUAGAAGCUCUGUAAAAUUUAGCAAAGUUGUGUCAGUGAAUGCAGGGAAAAUGCUUCUUUUUUUACAUGAUAAUGAAAGCUGUGUGCCAAGUGGAGGCCAAUUAUGGUUGGACGUUCUUCAUUUUAAGUAACUAGGUUGUAUAUUGUGCCAAUGAGGAGCCUUGUUUAAGAAAAGUCAGAAGCUAAGCACUGAAAUGAGGCCAUACUAACAUCUGAUCCGUACCUGAGCAGCUUCACUUUUGCUUUUUUUCUCCACUGUUGCUUAAAUGUAAAAACUAACAAAUUGUUUUGUUAUUAUUAUUUUUCUUAUGAGAAUGCCAAUUUGCAUUAUUGCCAAAAGUCCUCAUACUGUAAAGAUUAUGAAAAUGUGUUGUUUGGUUUUUGAUGUAUCUGUCACUGUUCUGUUGGUGUUGCUUGUGGUUCUUACGAUUUAUUAGGUUUCAGGUCAUUGUCUCGGUUUUAAUAAAAUUAUAUUGUCAUGCUCACACAUUUUGCUGGAGUUAUUUAUUCAAUAUUGUUGAAAAAAAGUAAUUAUUAUCCUGUUUUUUGUUUUUGUUUUUUGCCUGAGCUCAACUCUUUGUCUACAAAAUAAAAUAAAGCAGGCUACUGUACCCUAUGACCU